CCCAGAUGCGAGGUAUGCUGUCCCCCCCUCCUACCGACAACAGCCCUCCUUCGCUGCUGCUCCCUCCUUCGAGCAACCCGACUGGAAUCCUCGUCUGUGUGUGAUCAGUGGAAAUCAGCUCUACAUGUUGGACCAGGAGGAGGUUCACCCUUUGUUGAUGCGCGAGCGGCGCUCCGAGUCGCACAGGAACAAGCUGCUGCGACGGACGGUCAGCGUGCCUGUGGAGGGGAGACACCAUCCUGAAAUGGAAAACGCUCGACUCCGGCGGAAGAGCAUUGCCACCGGGAAGCAGCCAAGCAUGGAGAUCCCACCCACUGCCCCCCCACAACCCUUCCGACAAUCCAGUUUCCUCAGUAGAAGACUGAAGGGGUCCAUUAAACGGGCCAAGAGUCAGCCCAAACUGGACCGAACCAGCAGCUUCCGCCACAUGAUCCUCCCUCGUUUCCGCAGCGCCGACCAGGACCGGACUCGUCUGAUGCAGAGCUUCAAAGAAUCGCACUCCCAUGAGUCUUUGCUGUCUCCCAGCAGCGCAGCCGAGGCCUUGGAUUUGACACUUGAUGAAGAUGCGAUCAUCAAGCCUGUUCACUCCAGUAUACUGGGACAGGAGUACUGUUUUGAGGUGACAACUGCUUCAGGAACAAAGUGUUUUGCCUGUCGGUCGGCUGCGGAGAGAGACAAAUGGAUAGAGAAUCUACAGAGAGCUGUCAAACCAAACAAAGACAACAGUCGACGCGUCGACAAUGUUCUGAAGCUGUGGAUCAUCGAGGCCCGUGAACUCCCACCCAAAAAGCGCUAUUAUUGUGAACUGUGCUUGGAUGACAUGCUUUACGCCCGCACCACCAGCAAACCCCGAACCGAUACUGUGUUCUGGGGUGAGCACUUUGAGUUCAACAACCUGCCAGCUGUCCGCAGCCUCCGCCUUCAUCUUUACAAAGAGACAGAUAAAAAAAGACGCAAGGAAAAGAGCACAUACCUGGGCUUGGUCAGCAUCCCCAUUUCCAGCAUCACUGGUCGUCAGUUUGUGGAGCAAUGGUACCCCGUCAUUCAGCCCAGCGUCCUGGCCAAGGGUGGCGGUGUGGGAGGGGGCAAAAUCAUCAACGCCUCUCUGCGGCUCAAGUCACGCUUUCAGACCAUGAGCAUCCUGCCAAUGGAGCUGUAUAAAGAGUUUGCAGAGUAUGUCACCAACAACUACAGAACGCUGUGCGCGGUUCUGGAGCCACUGCUGAGUGUCAAGAGCAAAGAGGAAGUGGCCUGUGCUCUGGUGCACAUCCUGCAGAGCACAGGGAAGGCCAAGGAUUUUCUUUCAGACAUGGCAAUGUGUGAGGUGGACCGAUUUAUCGACCGAGAGCACCUUAUCUUCAGAGAGAACACCCUGGCCACCAAAGCCAUAGAAGAGUACCUCAAACUCAUUGGACAUAAGUACCUCAAAGACGUUUUAGGUGAUUUUAUCCGAGCGCUGUAUGAGUCAGAAGAGAACUGUGAAGUCGACCCAAUGAGAACUCCACCUUCUGUGCUGCCCGAACAUCAAGCCAACCUCCGGAUGUGCUGUGAGCUUGCACUCUGUAAAAUCGUCAACUCUCAUUGUGCGUUUCCAAGAGAACUGAAGGAGGUCUUUGCGUCCUGGCGCGUGCGAUGCGCUGAGAGAGGAAGAGAGGACAUUGCAGAUCGCCUGAUCAGUGGUUCCCUCUUCCUGCGCUUCCUGUGUCCAGCCGUCAUGUCGCCAUCCUUAUUCAAUCUCACACAGGAAUACCCCGAUGAACAGACCUCACGCACACUCACCCUCAUAGCCAAAGUUGUGCAGAACCUUGCAAACUUCUCAAAGUUUGGCAGUAAGGAGGAGUACAUGUGCUAUAUGAAUGAGUUUUUAGAGAUGGAGUGGGGCUCCAUGCAGCAAUUCCUCUACGAGAUCUCCAAUCUCGAUACCGUGAGCAACGCCGUUGCUUUUGAGGGCUACAUCGACUUGGGAAGGGAGCUUUCGAUCCUGCACAGUCUUCUGUGGGAAGUCAUGGCACAACUAAGCAAGGAUGCUAUCAUCAAACUCGGACCAUUGCCCCGCCUUCUAAAUGACAUCAGCAUGGCCCUCCGUAACCCGCACCUCCAGAGACAGCCCAGUCAUCAGACAGACAGACAGCCUCCAGAGAGACAGACAGAUAGGCUGCUCUCCAGGCCCAGCUUCAACAGGGCCAUCUCAUCGGAGUUCCAGAACCUCAUGAUGAGAGACCUCAACAGUUCAAUCGAUAUCACUCGCCUGCCCUCUCCAACCUCUGCCAUGUCCAGUGGCGGAGCCCCCCCAUCCCGAGCUGGAAUGGGGGGUUUUGUGGAUCGCGAUCAUCCUCACCGAGCCUCAUCUAAAGAAGUUUUCUAUGUUGCCCGUCCCCCGUUGGCCCGCUCUAGUCCAGCGUACUGUACUAGCAGUUCUGAUAUUACUGAUCCAGACCCAAAGGACUCAAGAAUGAACAGCGUCUCUAACCUGCAGUCUAUGGGGGACAUGCUCAACUCUUCCCAGGCCUCGAUUGCCGGCCUCGGCAGCUACGGUGGGCUCGCGGCCUUGGGAGGAGGCCUCGGAGGUCAGCUGCGCGCCGGAGGGCGUAUGUCGGCCGGAUCCGGCGGUUCCAGCAUGUCCGGGGGUCUGAGGUUGAGCCAGCUGAGCCAGAUGGGAACCACCACCGACUCGCUGUCCCAGCAGCAACAGCAGCAAGCCGCCGCCCUCCGCUACCCCCUCUCCUUCCAGAACCCUCUGUUCCACCUCGCUGCUGACGGGCCUCAGAUUCACCACCAGCACAGUCGAGCUCAACCUCCUCCUCCUCUCCUGCUGGCCCCUGAGCCGGACGCCUCUCACCCAGCGUACAUCCCGCAGUUCGCCCAUGGUGGUUUCUCCCGAAGCGAAGACCUGUCCACCCUCAGACCCGGCCCUCACCUGGGUCAGCCGAGCAUCAUUCACUCCCACAGCUACAGCGACGACUACACCCGCCAUAACCAGAGUGACUUCAGGGGACGCCAGCUCUCGAUGCACAUGCAGGAGCAGCAGCAAAUGGCAGGCAUGGCAUCGCAGACCGGCACAUCUCAUUCAUCACUAGCCACGCCUCCUUCCACCGUUCAGCCUGUCCGUCAAAGCUCCAUGGCUCCUCCCACACAGCGCAUGAAAUCGCAACCCUCACAUCAGCUUUCCGUGAGUUCUGCCGCUGCCGCCACCCCUGCAGCAAAGACCAGGCCCCAGAGCGGAAACCUGCUCCAGUCCCCGGAGUCUGGCUUCGGGAGCCGGCAACAGGGGCCCCGGCAGCAGCUGUCCGUCAAAGACAGCACCCCCCCAGGCCUGCCCCAUCAGCAGAGCUCCACCAGGGAGAGCCAGGGAUCCCAGGGCUCUCAGGGCGGAACGCCACAGUCCACACAGCAAUCGAAAUCACAUCAGGAACGCCAGCAGGUCCAGCAACAGCAUCUGCUCAAGCCUACCAUGAGCAAACAGGGCUCUUCCCAAUCUCCAUCCACUCUCAACCCCACGACCCCCGCCUCUGAGCGAACCGUCGCCUGGGUGUCCAACAUGCCCCAUCUUUCUGCUGACAUAGAGAGUUCCCGCAUCGACAGAGAAGAAUUCAAGCUAAAGGAGUAUUCCAAGAGCAUGGACGAGUCACGUCUGGACAGGGUGCGUGAGUACGAGGAGGAGAUCAACUCUUUGAAGGACCGUCUGAUGAUGUCACACCGUAAGCUGGAGGAGUACGAGAGGAGGCUGUUAACUCAGGAGCAGCAGACCAAUAAAAUCCUGCUGCAGUAUCAGAGCCGACUGGACGACAGCGAGAGGAGACUGAGACAGCAGCAGAUGGAGAAAGACAACCAAAUUAAAGGAAUUAUUGACAGACUCAUGGCUGUGGAAGACGAGCUGAGGGUAGGGGUGGUGCCUGAGCAGAAACCCAGGAUAUUCGCAGACCAGGAAAAGCAGCUUUCCGCCUUGGGUUCAGCAGACCCCGGUGUGAGUUUUGGAGGAGAAAUGACCAGCACUCCUGGCUUUGUUGGAGUCUCCCCCUCGGACAAAUCCUCCACCCGAUCCCCCCUGAAUGGAAUCUUGUCCUUCCCGUUAGCCCCCCCUCCUCGUUCUCUUCCUCACGCACAACUCCGGCCAAACGGAAGCUCCCCGGCAACUGAAAAAUCAGCAACAGCAUCGAGGGCGAGUUUGGAGGGGGAGCAGGUCAAUAACAACGUUGACCAAAUCUGAGAACAUUUUUAGGAAUUCCGAAGAAAAAGUCACAUCUUUUGUCAUCCGCAUUAUAAGGAUGAGGGUUUUUUUGUACAUUAGACUGAGGACAAAUGGGAGGCGGGACAUUACUUGCACCAUCCAAAACAAAAGGGCUCUCCAUUGGAUCCGAUAUGUUAUUCCGACAUCACUUUUUCUUUGGAUCAAAGUUAAAAGCCCCUUGCACGUACAGUACCUCUGCCACCACGUCAUCCAAACCACUGGAAAGUGCUUGGUUCAGUUUCCAAGUUUUUGACUGAG